UACGUGGGGGCAAUGCUAGUUAGUGCGCAUUAGUGUGUCCGCCGAUCACAGAGUGUAGCCGAGUUUACCUGCCAAACGUGUAUCUAUGAUUGCUCAAGUUUGUACACUCGUGCCAUCCUCGGUAUUGUAUCUCGAUAAUUUUCCUGGAAUAUCCCGGCUGGAUAGAAGCACCAAGCGGCCGCGUGGUGUGCAUAAGUGCGCAUUAAGGAAGGAGCUAUGGGGGACGCAGCGAUGAACGUCGCAGCGUCCGGUGGCGGUGGUCAGCGUGUCGUCAAGGAAGGCUGGCUGCAAAAACGCGGAGAACAUAUAAAAAAUUGGAGGUCAAGAUAUUUUGUCUUGAGGGACGACGGCACGUUGGUUGGGUUCAAAGCCAAGCCAGACCAACAAAUGGCAGCCGCGGCACAACCAUUGAACAACUUCACUGUUCGCGGUUGUCAGAUUAUGUCUGUAGAUAGACCUAAGCCUUACACAUUUGUUAUAAGAGGUUUGCAAUGGGCGGCUGUAAUAGAAAGGACGUUCCAUGUGGAAACGGAGCAAGAAAGGGAGGAUUGGGUGGCAGCAAUUAGGUACGUAGCGGCUAGGUUAGCAAGUGAAAAACACUCUCAACAACAGCCUACGCAAAUGCAACAUUCGUCUUCGUCCGAAGACGUUGACAUGGAAUCUUCAGGAGGUGGUAGGUCAGAUUCGUGUGGAUCUGUUGGAGUAGUGUCGUCGGACGUGGAUGGUGGAAGUAUCGAUGAACUAUCUGCGAAGUUUAGUGUUCAAGGAACGUCGAGUAGUAAAAGCACAGGAAAAAAGAAAGUAACACUUGAAAAUUUCGAAUUCUUGAAAGUUCUGGGGAAGGGUACAUUUGGGAAGGUUAUUCUUUGUAGAGAAAAGGCGACGGGCCAUUUAUACGCUAUUAAAAUAUUACGAAAGGAAGUUAUUAUACGUAAGGACGAGGUUGCGCACACGCUUACUGAGAACAGAGUACUACGAACUACGAAUCAUCCGUUCCUAAUUUCGUUAAAGUAUAGCUUUCAAACAGCGGACAGGCUGUGCUUCGUAAUGGAAUACGUAAACGGUGGAGAGUUGUUCUUUCAUUUGCGACGCUCCCGCGUAUUUGGCGAGGAUCGUACACGAUUUUACGGCGCUGAAAUCAUUUCAGCCUUAGGUUACCUUCAUUCGCAGGGUAUCAUUUACCGUGAUCUCAAAUUAGAGAAUCUUCUUUUAGAUAAAGAUGGACACAUUAAAAUAGCUGACUUCGGAUUGUGCAAAGAAGAUAUAACGUACGGAAGAACGACGAAAACGUUCUGCGGAACCCCUGAAUAUCUUGCGCCAGAAGUAUUAGAGGAUAACGAUUACGGACGAGCUGUAGAUUGGUGGGGAGUCGGUGUUGUUAUGUAUGAAAUGAUUUGUGGCCGAUUACCUUUUUAUAAUAAAGACCAUGAAAAGCUUUUCACGCUUAUUGUAAUGGAAGAAGUAAGAUUUCCUAGAACAAUCAGUAACGAAGCAAAAGACAUGCUUGGUGGAUUACUCAUUAAAGAUCCAAGUAAAAGAUUAGGUGGUGGACCUAACGAUGCGAAAGAAAUUAUGGAUCAUGCAUUUUUCUCGUCAAUUGAUUGGUCGGAUCUUGUACAGAAAAAAAUUCCUCCUCCUUUUAAGCCUCAAGUAACGUCUGAUACAGAUACCCGAUAUUUUGAUAGUGAAUUUACGGGUGAGAGCGUCGAGCUUACGCCACCUGAUCAAGGAUUUUUAGGUAGUGGGGCUGGUUUAAAUUCAAUAGCUGAAGAGCAAGAGCAUUUCCCCCAAUUUUCCUAUCAGGAAAGUCACUCAGCAGCAACCUCUUCCAUUGUUUCCAUUAAUCACUGACAGUGUCAAGCUUUUCCUUUGUUUACGUAAUGAGAUGUAUGGCUAAAUGCAUAAAAAAAGUCAGACAUUCGAUUAUGACGAAUAUUCGCAAUUUGUCUACCAAUUUGGAAGAAUUUUUUUUAACGCAGAUAAAUCGAAAUAUCAGUUAUUUUCGCUAAUUUAUGAUGCUUUUUUGUGCAUCUUUAUAAGGUUUUAACACAUAUCUCCAAUGGCAGAUUCGCGUAUGUGUGCGUGUACAUGCGCAUGCAUGCACAUACUCAUUAAAAUUGUACAUGAAAAAGUUAUGUACUAUAGGAUCCAAUUAAAUUAAUAUUUAUACCUGCUGAGUAGGUUUGCGGUGAUAUAACGGGGAUUGGAUGUUUGUUUAAAUCGAAAACAAAAUAAGAGAAGUGAAAAAGUUAUGCUUAUCCCCUAAACUGUGUUACGUCAUAAAGAGUGGCAUGUUUCUUCUAUAUAGAAGAACGAUAUUUGAUAAUCGUAGCUACAGUUUCAUUUUUUUUUUUAUUUAUUUUUUUUCUUUUUUUUUUUUUUAAUAAGGAUGGUAUUCGAUACUUUCUGGCUUCGUUGUCAAUUUUAUCGCAAUAAUUUAUAGAAAAGCAGUUCCUGGUUAUUUUUUUAAAUUCAUUAGUCAAAUAUUAUAGCGAAAGCCAAAAUAGCAAAUUACACUUGGCAAGGAGCCAGUCAAUGGGCAAUGGAUUUUCCAUUUUAAAAGUAGAAGCAUAGAAACAUUAAUAGCUUUAAUUGAAUUAGUAUAAAAAUUUGCAAUCAAUUUCUAGCUGCGAAAGAAAGCGUUUCUUUGUUAUACUAUUACUGUCGAAUUUGAAAGUGUUCUUUUCUCCUCAGUACGAAUCGCAUCAUUCAUGUAUCAUUGACAAAUAAUGAUUUAAUGUGAGAAUCAGAUGGAAAUAUGAAAUGCUACCCUAAUAUUAUAUUAUUAAUAUUAUAUGCUACAAUGAUCAUAUAUACAUAUAUUUAUAUUUUAACAAUUAAAGGAUUAUAUUGUACGUACGCAUUAUUAAUAAUUUCCAUCUCAUUUGUAAUUAGCAAAUUUUUGUAGUUUAUCCGUUUUUACACAGGAAGGAAUAGGGGGAAAUUUUUUACAAUAGAAUUAAAAAAAAUCAAUUGUUUAAAAUUGGUGGCACAUACGCAGUUUUGCUAUUUACCAUCAAAGAGCAUGAUACAUUGUCGAAAAAGAAAGACGAUAAAAGUUAUAUCUGUAUAUCGUUUCAAUUACUUUGUCCUAAAUUAUAUUCUACACUUU